CAUGAAGUUCCUUCAAUUUUGGGAGGUUCUUUAUAUGAUCAUGUUUUGAGAAACCAGAUAGCUUGUUCAAGUCUGGUGAUGGCUUAUGUGAAAAACAGCAUGAUACAUGAUGCGUUAAAAGUCUUACGGGAAAAGCAGUGGAAGGAUGCUUUAUUUGAGGACAACUUGUACCAUUUGUUAAUUUGCUCAUGCAAAGAUUUUGGGCAUCCAGAGAAUGCUGUGAAAGUGUUCACUUGUAUGCCAAAAUCUGAUAAGCCUAACUUACAUAUAAUAUGCACUAUGAUAGACAUUUACAGUACAAACAACAAUUUUGCUGAAGCUGAAAAGCUUUAUCUAAUGUUGAAGAAUUCAAAUGUCAAAUUGGACACAAUAACUUUCAGUGUUGUGGUAAGGAUGUAUAUGAAAUCUGGAGCCUUAGAAGAAGCCUGCUCUGUGUUGGAUGAUAUGGACAAACAAAAAAACAUUGUUCCAGACACAUAUUUGCUCCGUGAUAUGCUCCGGAUCUACCAGCGAUGUGACAAGAAGGACAAAUUGGCAGAUCUUUACUACAAACUUGUGAAAAGAGGAGUCAUCUGGGAUCAGGAAAUGUACAGUUGUGUCAUAAACUGCUGUGCCCGUGCACUGCCAGUUGAUGAGCUUUCGAGGCUUUUCGAUGAGAUGCUUAAACGUGGAUUCUUACCUAAUACAGUCACCUUCAAUGUCAUGCUUGACGUAUAUGGGAAAUCCAGACUCUUCAAAAGAGCAAGAGAGGUUUUUUCAAUGGCUAAAAAGUGUGGUUUGGCUGAUGUUAUCUCUUACAACACUCUCAUAGCUGCAUAUGGGAGAAGCAAAGACUUCAAGAAUAUGUCAUCAACUGUCAAGAAAAUGCACUUCAAUGGCUUUUCAGUUUCUCUUGAAGCCUACAAUUGUAUGUUAGAUGCCUAUGGGAAAGAAGGACAAAUGGAGAAAUUCCGUAAUGUCUUGGAAAGACUGAAGGAAUCUGGUCACUCUUCUGAUCAUUACACUUACAACAUUAUGAUAAACAUUUAUGGCGAGCUAGGUUGGAUUGAAGAAGUUUCGGAUGUACUGGCAGAAUUAAAGGAAUCAGGAUCAAUUGGACCUGAUUUGUGCAGCUAUAACACAUUGAUAAAGGCUUAUGGAAUUGCUGGAAUGGUUGAACAUGCAGUAGAUUUGGUCAAGGAAAUGCGCAAAAAUGGAAUUGAACCUGAUCGAAUAACCUACACUAACCUAAUCAAUGCAUUACGGAAAAAUGAUAAGUUUCUUGAGGCUGUUAAGUGGUCUUUAUGGAUGAAGCAGAUUGGAUUAUAAAUAUCAAUCUGGAAAAUGGUGCUGUUAUUCAUCACGGCCUAUUCGUCUCCGGUUUAAAGGUCAAGGCUUGUGUUCUUCUUGUAUAGUUCAACUCCAUCAUUUUACAGCAAAGGUUUUACCGAGUAGGCUGGAUCAUCGAUGAUGCUGAUCACGUAUAUGCAGCUGUCUACUUGCACGCACAAGUUUCUGCAGCUUAGUUUAAAGACAACUGUGUAUUGAUUGUCUCAUAAUGCACCAGUCAGUGUAUAGUCAUGACACUCCCGCCCCACCCCUCCCCGCCCCAUUGUCAUCCUUACAGGAAGUCAUCUCUCUGUUGUAAAAGAUCAAUAUGGCAUGAGCCAUUUAUGGUAUAGUUUCAACAAAAUCUGUGCCAUUUUGUUCA